AUGCCUGCGACGCAGCUUCCCGCUUCCGGAAACCCUCUGGUCUUCUUCGACAUCACUCUCGGAGGCGAACCCCUCGGCCGAAUCACCUUUGAGCUGUUCAAGGAUGUCGUGCCCCGGACCGCCGAGAACUUCCGACAGUUCUGCAUUGGCGAGUCCAAGAACAGCCGAGGCCAGCCCCAGGGCUAUAAGGGGAGCAAGUUCCACCGAGUCAUAAACCAAUUCAUGCUCCAGGGUGGUGAUUUCCUCAAUGGCGACGGCAGCGGAAGCAUCUGCAUCUAUGGAACUAAGGCGUUCGCGGACGAGAACUUUGCGCUGAAGCACACGGAGAAGGGUCUCUUGUCCAUGGCGAACUCGGGGCCCAACACCAAUGGCUCGCAAUUCUUCGUCACUACCGUACCCACACCGCAUCUUGAUGGAAAGCACGUCGUGUUCGGCAAGGUUGUCGACGGCCAGGAUGUCGUGGACAAGAUUGAGAAGACUAAGACUGGCAGGCGCGGUAGAGACGUGCCUGACAUGGAUGUGGUCAUUGCUCAGUGCGGGGAGAUGUGA